GGAAGUGCACUAUGAAAACUAUCGUUCAGAGAGACUGGCUCGCAAUGGACAAGUUCCUAAACGACACACAUCGACGGAGAGUGGUUUGAGUGAAGCCGAUUCAAAUGGUCAUAAUGGGUCUAAUGAAGAUUCUUCUGAACGCGAACGUGCGCUACGUGAAAAGGAAGCUGAAUUACGUCGUAUGCAAGAGAUGCUGGAACAAAUGCAGCGUCAGAUGCAGCUUCAAGCGGCUGCCAGCACUACCACCGCAUAGUGCAUGCAAACCCAACAGUUGGACACUAGUACCGCUGUCCAACUGGCGAACGCUUGCGACGUCGUCAACUCGAUACUGCGCGCCAUUCCGUACUGCAUCACUUCCAACUAAUAUACUGUUAUUAAUGGGAAUGUCUUCACUUAAUAUCAAAUUAUUACAAAAGCAUUCUCACAUAGAUCAUAUAAAUUACAUUGCUUGUAACAAAUUUUAAAUAUUUUGAUUUUUGUAUGAACAAUACUGAUAGUAUUCCAUUGAAGGUGUUACCAAAACUGAGAUUGUUGAUUGAAACUGAUUUAAAAAAAAUACUAUUGAUAAAUGUACUAGAAGGUGAUUUUUGUCUUUGACGGCAUAAAUUUAAGUGUAUCAUUUUAAAUAAAUAACUCUUAUAUAUUUAAUUAAAUUGAUAAAUUAUAUAACUCAGCCUACAACAUAACACAAACCUUCUAUAUUUAUGUAUUAUAUUAAUAUCAAUUAUGUGAAUAUACCAUGAUAAAUAUCAGUUUGUAAGUAAGUAAAUAUUCACUACAUUCAUAAAACGACGGUGAUCACUUAUCAUCUGGUGAGCCUUAUGCUCGUUUGCUUCCUCUUCUAUGAAAAAUUAUAAUAAUAAAAUCAUUAGAAUCAGAGGAAAAAAUCUCUUUUAGGUAGAAUGUCCGAAAAUAGAACAUUUGUGAAAAAAAAUUAAUUUACGUUUAUGUUUUGAAUGUAUGAUGGAAUAUGAAGAUUUUACUGCUAUUAUCAUUUACGUUUUAAAUCUAUAUGUUAAUUACUUACAGAGAAGGUAAUAGCAAUCUCUGGGGGAGGCCUAUGUUCGCCAGUGGACUUGUAAUAGUCUGCAAAUCCUAUAAAGGUUCUCUUAUCGAACGAACAUUACGUACAUGUAGAUUGAAAUAGAAAACUCAUAUUUAUUCAAUAUGAGUUUUCUAUCUCGCUUUUUUGUAGGUUGCCAGCAUUAAAUAUUCUGUGCAAUAAAUUUAUCAUCAUUCCUAAGGUGAUAUUAUAUGAUUGACAUUGAAUGAAUGAACGAAAAAAAAUAGAUUGCAAUGUUUAAUCUACAUAUAGGUUCCUAAUAUAGUCCAGCGUCAAUUGAUAAGAAUAAUGUUAUAUUAGCAAAUAAUUAUAGCAAUCUCGAAAGCCUUGAAUAUGGCACUAAAUAUAAAGUAAUACAAUUCAAUAUAUUAUUAUAUUGCAAUAACUCUCUGAAAUAAAAGUUCUAAGAGUAUGUUAAUGGUUAUUUUUAAUUUCUAUAAUUCAAUUUAGAAUAAGCAAUACCAUAUAAUAUACACUUUGGAGCAUAUACUAUCAUAAAAAUGAGGCCAUUACCAUAAUCUACAAUAUACCUUUGAAUGUACUUACCGAGUAAAAUCUUAUAAUUUAACUGGAGUUAAAAGAUAUAUUUUCACUUGUUGCUUAUUGCACUGGAUCCUAAUUAUUUUCUUCUUUAUGUUUAGUAUAUGCUCUUUGGAUUUUACGAAUAAUUACUAUUCUGUAUUCAAUUUUAGUAUUUACAUUAUAUUUUAUAUAGUUAGUAGUAAUAUUUUUAUGAUUACAGUAAAUUAGUGUAACCAUUUUAUUAAUACAGAUACAAUUUUAUACAGAACUAAGAUUUAAAAUUAUUAAAGACAUCCCUUUCAAAUGAAGGGAAUAUUCAUUUAUUCUUUGACUAGAAUUUUGUGCAUAUAUCCAUAAUUUUUUUACUAUUAUUACUUUCAGUAUUGAUCUUAUUUAUAAAUUUUAUUUGUGCCAUUGAACCUUGAAAUUUUUGAUCUGUAUUUCACUAUGAAAAUGGGAUAAUAAGUUGGUAAUACAAAUCUUAAUAAUUGCUCUCUUAAUAAUAUUUUCGCAAAAAAACUAAGUUCUUUAUAGUUUUCACUUUGUUUCUCAUUUUCAUUAGGUUUUAUUGAGAUGACUGAUUAAUUUUCCAUUAUAUAACCUAGUAUUCUCGAAUGAAUGUAUUAUUUUAAUUUUAUUUAGAAUUAGUUUAAUUAUGACAUUGUAAUAUUCCAAAUUUAUCUUAUUUUUAUUUGAAAUUAUUGAUUUGCAAUUGGUAUUAUUGGUGAAUACAAUCUGAUUGGCUUGUCUGGUGAUUAUUAAAUACGUAUUGUCUAUCAACAGUACUUAAACACAAAACACUAAAAUAUUGUUUACGCGUAACUAUUUCGAAAUCAAUUUAAUAUCGCACAACCUAAACGCCUAAAUAGCUCAAAUUAUCAUUAUAACCUUUGGUCAAUAAAUACUAAUAGUAUUUACUCAUCAAUAAUAAAUAUCACAGUAAUUAUUGAUUGAAUUCAACUAUUUUAAACAUUUUCGUUACCUAUAUAAAACAUGUGCUUAAACUUCAUAAUAUAUUGCCGAUGUAUGUUCGUUUUUUUUUUGGAUCUGGACUUGAAUGGUAUGUUGAAGCAAAAUUCUUUAUCUAUUUAUUGCUAUUAUUAUUUUGCAAAGUACGUCUAAAAUAAUUUUGUCAGUUAGUGUAGAGUGCAAGUUGUUUUUUUAUUUGUCCUAUCUUGGUGGAUUCAAAAACGACCUGCUAAAAUAAAAAAAGUAAUUAAUCAAUAUCCAAUUAUGUGGGGAAACUGCAAAUCACAUUAUCAACAAAACGCUUUUUAAAUUUUUAAUUUUACAUAUAAAUAAAAAUAUAAGACAUAUUAAUAUAAAUUGAUAUUGAAAUAUCUGUGGAGGCAAGGGUUUUGCUUUAGCAAUCAAAUAACAAGUAUCUAGUAUAAAAUAUAAACUAUCUAUUUCGAAAUAAUUAUCACAUCCUCAUGUUUAACAUCCAGUUAAUUGAAUGUUUCAUUGAGGAAAUGAAUGAAUGAAUAAAAUUCUCCAUUUGGUGCAUUUAUUAUUCUAAGUAUAAAGAACAAUAACUUUAUCGAAUGAAGAGCUGUAAACUGUAAGAAUAUUACACAUGGAAUUUAUAUUUGUUAAACAGCUAGACUUGAGUCUGGGUUGAUCUUUUUUAGGUUUUAAAUUGGUGCCAAAGCUCUUACAACAAAAGUUUGGUUCAACUUUUCGAAUAUCAUCGAAUUCUAUUGUCCAUGAUAAUGAUAACCAAAUAUUGUAUGUAUUGAAAACUAUGUAAUCAUAUUUUUAUAUUAAAACAUUGAAAUAUAUA